AUGCCUGACUCUGGUCAGCAUCGCUCAUCUGGUGCAGAUCCAGGCCUGACCCCAUCGAGGCGCCCAUCCUCGCAAGACCACGCCGCCGCCACCGCCGCCGACCCCGGACACUGGGCUUACAAUUUCUAUACUCACCCGGCCCGCGUCUCGAUACUUGACGGCAACGGUGAUCUGACCAUCGACCCGACCGCCUUUCUCUUGUGCUCCGCUGGGCAGCUGACUGCCACCAUGGACGAUUCGGCUCCCGCCAACAGCCUCAUGUGGCGCUCUAGCACCAGCCUGCCAUCUUUCUCUAGAGCCUUUGACCUGUUCACCAAUGGCGAUGCUGAUGACGCCUCCGACGACGGCGAAGACCAAUUCUUCAUUCCCUCGUACCUCCAGUCGUCGACGUACAUGCACAAGCUUCAAGAGGCACACAGAUCACGCACACACUCAAGGCGAGAGCAAAAAAGGAACGGCACCCUGUCCACUAGCAAUGGGUUUUCCUCCAACCUUCUGCCUACGGGCUCUCACCGCGGCCUCUCCCACAACGUUGUCGAGCGCGGUGUCUUGUCCGAGGACAAGGAUGGCCUCUCCCCGCUGCCCACGAGAUGGGACAAAGGCGACACGAGCGGUGGUCUUGACCUCCAUACCGAUGGGCUCGGCGUCAAGUAUGUGGAGAUUAAGGGCCAGCUUGAUCGCGACCACGAGGCCUGUGGUAUCCGAGCCGACCAUCACAUGCCGCUGCAAUGUGGCAUAUACUAUUUUGAAGUCCAGAUUCUGUCUGGCCGACGUGACGAUACCUUUAUUGCUAUUGGAUUCUCUACUAAGGCAGCAUCUACAGCGAGGCCUGUUGGCUGGGAGCCGGAAUCGUGGGGUUAUCAUGCCGACGAUGGCCGAUGCUUCUCUGGGCAGAACAUUGGGCGACCUUUCGGGCCAACCUUUACUGUUGGUGAUGUCAUCGGCUGCGGCGUCAAUUUCCGCGAUAGAACAUCAUUUUUUACCAAGAAUGGCGUCAAACUAGGCGUGGCUUUUCAGGAUAUCACGAAGAACAGACUGUACCCCUCCGUUAGCUUGAAAAAGACGGGCGAGCAUGUGCUAGUCAACUUUGGCCAGACGCCUUUUGUGUAUAAUAUAGACGACAUGAUGAGGGAACAACGAGAAAAUAUACAAAAGAACAUCGAGUCGACCGACACCUCGAAACUCGAGCCCGGCCUUGGCGAGACAGACUUUAUUCAGGCGCUGGUGAUGCAAUUUCUCCAACACGACGGCUAUGUUGAGACCGCGCGCGCAUUUGCCGAAGAUCUCAAGAUCCAAAAUGAAGCCUUGAGCUCUAAUACAGGGCCGAUGUCCAGCGUCAUAAAUAUUCGUGACGAUGAAGAUGCCAACAAUCGACAACGCAUCCGGAGAGCAAUCUUGGAAGGAGAUGUCGAUCGAGCUCUAAAAUAUACAAACGCAUACUACCCUCACGUUUUACGAGAGCACGAAACCGUGUACUUUAAGCUACGCUGCCGCAAGUUUAUCGAAAUGGUCCGUAAGGCGGCCCAGCUCAACAUGUUGGCAGAGGCUGCAGAGAACGGCAGCGCCCAGGAUAUGGACAUGGACGCUAACGGGGACGGCUACGAAUGGGAUGACGCGCCGGUAGCACAGAACGAGAGUGAGGUAUUAGACCUGGAGAGAGAUAUGCUAGAGUAUGGCCAAGCUCUGCAAGCAGAAUACGCCGAGGACUCGCGCAAGGAAGUCGGCAAGGCUUUGGACGAAAUCUGGUCGUUGAUCGCAUAUCGCAACCCACUGAAGGAACCUCAAGUCAGCCACUUGCUGACCCGCAAGGGCCGAGUGGUUGUGGCAGAAGAGCUCAACUCUGCCAUUCUAUCUUCCUUGGGUAAAUCGUCACGGGCGGCGCUAGAAAAGGUGUAUGCUCAGACGAGCGUGCUUCUGGAAGACUUGAGACAGGACGGCGGCGACGGCGCCUUUACGUCGGUCGGGGAUGUAAUAGGUGAGAUUCAGGCCGAGAACAGCGCUUAG